UUUCUUUUUUCCAUUAUAUAAAUUCUCUUCUUCUUCCUCUCCGCCUCCGGGAUCGGUCACUCCACUCACAAAUCCAAUCCGCUGAGUUCAGAGAAACCGAGUCAAACAAAGCAAAUCCACCAAGAAAAAAAAAAAAAAACGACAUGUCGGACAGUGAGGAGCACCACUUCGAGUCCAAGGCCGAUGCCGGAGCCUCCAAGACUUACCCUCAGCAAGCUGGUACUAUUCGCAAGAAUGGCUACAUCGUCAUCAAGAACCGUCCUUGCAAGGUUGUUGAAGUUUCCACCUCCAAGACUGGCAAGCACGGUCAUGCUAAGUGCCACUUUGUUGGAAUUGACAUUUUCACUGCCAAGAAACUUGAAGAUAUUGUGCCAUCUUCCCAUAACUGUGAUGUUCCUCAUGUCAACCGUACUGACUACCAGCUGAUUGAUAUCUCUGAGGAUGGAUUUGUGAGUUUGCUGACUGAAAAUGGGAACACCAAGGAUGAUCUGAAGCUCCCAACUGAUGACAAUUUGCUGACCCAGGUUGGUUUCUAGUUGCUUUUUUUUUUGGGUCAAAG